UUGAGUGGGGACGCGACGAACUGUAUGGGGGUAAACUUGGCAAUGCUGUUGAUGUUCUUCCAGUAUUCUUUCAAACCAUAAUACGAGAUACAUCUAUCGACAUUAUUUUGAUUUCAAACUAGCGUCUUCAAAAUAGUUGACACAUGACUGUUUCGAGCAUCAUUAGUCCCUCGUUAAGAAUCGGCCUUCGGUUUCUCGGUCUAUGGCCGAAUGAGUCAUAUCCAACACUUUACAUUUAUAUGACGAGCAUAUUAAUUGCACAGUACUUUCAAUACUUGUAUAUAUCUACGCACUUUAAAUUCAGCGAAAUUUCGAAUCUUGUGGAUGGCGUGAUGUCGACUCUUUUUUACAGUUUAAUGUUUCUUAAAUUAGCUAGUCUUUGGAUACAUCGUCCAGUCAUACAUAAAAUUUUGGCUGCUAUAGAUAAUGAUUGGCGUGAAUGCAUCAAUGUCGAACAGCAUUUAUAUAUGAUGACAAACAAAGCCAACAUAUCACAUUUUUACUCUAACUGUAUGUUAGGCAUUACCAUUUUCGCCGGGAUACUUUAUGGCCUGGGUGAUUAUGUUAUUCAUGUUAUACAUUUUAUCAAGGAUCAUAAUGAAAGCGGGAGACAGCUUCCUUUAAAGGUACAACUUCCGUUUAAAACUGAUCAAUCGCCGAUCUUUGAAUUCCUUUUUAUAAUUCUGUUUCUACUUAUGAUCACAACUUCGCUUACGAUGGCUAUUAUAAAUGCAACGAUUUUAUCUUUAGUACUUCAUGUAAGCGGACAAAUCGAUAUCAUGUGUCAAGAGUUCAGCAUUGUUUCUAAACAGAUUUCUAUUUAUAACUCUUCUGAAUCUCCAUUAAAAAUGCUGAUUAAGAGACACAAUAGAAUUAUUAUAUUUUCAGACAACAUUGAAAAGUUUUUUUCCUUUAUCGCGUUAAUGCAAGUUGUUUGGAAUACCUUAAUACUUUGCUGUAUAGGAAUCAUGAUCAUAAUAUCCCUUUAUAACGAAGCCGGUAUCAUAGCGUUAGUGAAAAUGUCUGUGAGUUACUUUACCGUAUUAUUGGAAAUAUUUAUUCUUUGCUUUGCUGGCGAAUAUCUUAGCUUUCAGAGUGAAUCAAUCACCGAUGCAGCAUACAAUAUGUUAUGGUACAAUAUGUCAUCAAAGCAAGUCAAAUUUAUAAUAUUAAUAAUAAUGAAAUCUCAGUCGCAAUUAACGAUCACGGCAGGAAGAUUCAUGAAUUUGUCCUUAGAAACUUUUACGAAUAUCAUGAAGUCAUCGUUGUCAUUUAUGUCAGUCUUUCACGCUAUGUAUUAA